AUGGCGAACCGUGGUUCCAACGAUUCUGCGAACCAUGUUUACAGCGCCUCUAACGCUGCCCAGGUUCAUGUUACGACUUUCGCACCAGUCACUCUGCGCUCUUCGAAGCACUCUGGCCUCGAUUUGUACUCCUGCAUGUUCAGGUUCUUCAACUACGGUGCACAGCACCACGCCCAGCACCUCAACGCCCACCAGCACAACACCAACCACCACGGCGGCCGAUCGCGGCGUGCGCCCCGAAUCUCGGCCCAGCACCAGCAGAAGCAGUUCCGCCAGGUCCGCACUCCCAAGGAAUUCAACGUCGAGCCGCCGACGUCCAUUGCCUUCAAGCGCGACUUCGAGGCCGCCCGCUCGUUCGACAUUGAGGAUGACGAGAUGUUCUGCCCGUUCCACCUGCUCACUGAGGAUGAUCUCCAGUCCAUCCAUUCGUCUGGAUCUGACCGCUCGUCGCUGUCCAGCGGCUCGCCCGAGCAGUCGCCGCUCCAGCACCAGCUGCAGCCCACCCCCUCCUUUGUUCUGUCCACCGCACCCAACCCAUACACGCCCACCAACUUCCAGCAGAACAGCGCUUCGCAGACAAAGCUGCACCAACCACUAGCUCAGCGCACCCGUAACGCCAUCCCCAUCGUCGACCCCUCAACACGGGCCGUCGCGAGCCCACCCCCAUCUGUCUCGCCCAACCGACAGAUGCAGCAGCAAUUCAUGUCGCAGCGCCGCUGGUAA